GGAGGAGCAGAAGAGACACGCGAACCCGACGUGAAGGAGCUCGGAUUGUCUCUGCUGUCUGUGGAAAAAGUGACGGGAAAAGACAACUGUCACCGCAGGAGGUAGCGACCUCACCGCCAUGCAGCACUACGGAGUGAACGGCUACUCUCUGCACGCCAUGAACUCCCUCAGCGCCAUGUACAACCUGCACCAGCAGGCCGCGCAACAGGCGCAGCACGCGCCAGACUACCGGCCAUCCGUGCACGCGCUCACCCUGGCCGAGAGACUAGCCGGCUGCGCAUUUCAAGACAUCAUCCUGGAGGCUCGCUACGGCUCUCAGCACCGCAAACAGCGCCGCAGCCGUACGGCCUUCACCGCACAGCAGCUGGAAGCACUGGAGAAGACUUUCCAGAAGACUCACUACCCGGAUGUGGUGAUGAGGGAGCGGCUGGCCAUGUGCACCAACCUGCCCGAGGCCCGCGUGCAGGUAUGGUUCAAAAACCGCAGAGCCAAGUUCCGUAAGAAGCAGCGCAGCCUCCAGAAGGAGCAGCUUCAAAAGCAGAAGGAGGUGUCAGGAGAAGGAGGAAGCGAGAAGGAGGACGCGCCUCCCUCCACAACUAUCCUUCCAGACACUCAGCUGCCACCUUCAUCCUCCUCCUCGUCCUCCUCUUCCUCUCUGGAGACGGAGGGUCCUAUAGUCCGUCCUGUGCCACUGGACAUGGAGCUGAACGUCACGUCAGCCGAACACUCUGGCAGCGAGUCAGCGACAGAGGAUAAUGCCACAGAUAAGGAGGACGAGGGUAAAUCUCAGAGAGAGGAGAUGAAGUGUGAGAGAGCAGUGACUCCUGGGGACGUCUCUCCAGCUUGCAAAAGACUCAGCCCUAAACCAGACUCUCCCCUGGUCUCUCCGUCCGUGACCCCGUCCUCCUCCAGCAGUGGCCUGGCCAGCAGUGGUCCUCUCUCUCAGAGCCACUCUUACUCUUCCUCCCCUCUCAGCCUGUUUCGUCUGCAGGAGCAGUUCCGCCAGCACAUGGCCGCCACCAACAACCUGGUGCACUACCCAGCUUUUGACCUCGCUGCCCCAUCUUCUCUUCCUUACCUGGGGAUGAAUGUUAACAUGCCACCUGCACCGCUGGGCUCUCUGCCCUGCCAGUCUUACUACCAGUCCCUGUCCCAUCACGCCCAGCAGGUGUGGAACAGCCCACUGCUGCAAGCGUCGGCUGCAGGCGGCCUCACCAGCCACAACAACAAGACCACCAGCAUCGAGAACCUGCGUCUGAGGGCCAAACAGCACGCUGCCUCGCUGGGACUGGACACAAUGUCUAACUGAGAGUCAGAGUGUAUGGAGGACAAUGUAAACUAGGCCAGAGUGUCGGCUUACACAUCACCCCAUCCUACUGCGUGUCUGUGUGACUGUGAUAGUUCUUUAGGAACCAUAUACCGACCCCUUCUCAAGUAGACAGGCGUGGGACAUGCAGAGAUGUCCAAAAUGAAACAUGCCAACAUGCACUGGAUCUACAGAACUCUAUUUAACAACCUUUUAAGAAAACUCCACAGCUUUGUUUGACUCCUAUAAGAUUCAAUGUCCAAAAGUAAAACCUCGGAAAAAUAAAACCCAGCAGACAUUGAUCAUAUAAUGCAACGGAUCAAGUGAAUGCCCCGACUCAGAGGACAGUGAAUGUCUUCCUGACUCAUAUGAUGAUGUUUCCAACAUAUAUACAUAUAAAGCUGGAUCUUCUGAACAUCUUAAAUAAUUUUUAAAAAUUGAUCACUGAAAAUGAUGUACACAGCAGAUGAUGAAUGCACUCGGUUUAAAAGACAAUGCAAAUAUUGUUUACCAGGAUAAUGUGAAUAAACGAGGCACUUUUGAAGGAAUCAGGCUCGUUGGCCGGGAGGACAUCGCUCGCUCAGCACAGAGACCAUUUCUGUCACAGGACCACUGACAUUUCAAUUAAGCAGUGUUCUUAUGUACGUAGCAUGUACUACAUAACAGCACAUAAAUAAAAAUAAACUUCAAGCUAUGUUGUCCUCAACGGCAUAAUUAAAAGUGACUAAUUUACACUUUAAUGGCCAGUAAUAUGCCACUUUUUUACAAAGGCUGGCUUGAUAAUGAGAAAAUUAUUUCAGUGAGUAAAUUCUCAAAGCUUUUAAUUACAUUUUGCCCUGGGCUGAGGGAGCUGGGGCAAAUGCAAUUAUGAACAUGCAUACCAUUUAAGACCGCUUUUAUAAAUUCAAAAGGUCUGUGCACUAAAACGGUCAAUUAAGGUAGCUCCUCGACUGACAUCGCCUCACCAUGAGUUGAUCAGUUUCAUGUGAAUACAAAAUUAUAUGGCAAACAAAUUCAGAAGAAAAAAAAAAUGUCUUGACUCUUAUUUUAUUCUUGCCUUAAUGUUGUCUUGAGGAAACAUACAGCUUUUCACUGAAAGUCAGACUGAUUGUUAGCACUUGAUGAGGAGAAUCACACGUUUCUGAUGUUUUCUGUUAAUGUGUUCUGGAAGUCUUCAUAUGAAAAAAAUGCACAAUAUUUUAAUAUGUAAAAUACAAAAAAGUCUAUCUAUUAAUGUUUACUGGUAAGGUAAUUGUAAGUCCCUAUUAUGUUGCAUAAUUGAUAAUGGACUCAGAUAAAAUUCCUUUAGCUGUCAGAUUGUAAGAUUGUAUUUUGCUGAGCUCACCAGCAGCCCCGUCUACCCCUCCUCCCUUGUUUUGUCUGCGUUGCAGACCUGGGCUGAAUUAUUAUUUUAAGCGUGUUCACUUUCUUUUCUGGAAUUGGCUACAG